GACUAUUAAAAAAAUUUCGGAAGAAUAUGCAAUGAAAAUAAUUAAUAAAUUCUGUUUUAUGUCACUGAUCCCAUGCUACGGCCGACAUUCAUGUUCACGUGACUGUUUGCAGCUAAAUAUAUCGAGAAUUACCGUGCUCUCCCAAAUUUCUUUCCCGUUCAAGCAUCAACGCGUGAAAAACCAACUGAUGAGGCGAGAUGGUGGUGAAAUUCAGUGAUUUGUUAUUCUUGGUGCUUGUUCCGUUUGUAUUUGGUGCCCGCAAAAAAAUAACUAUUGGCGGACUCUUCCACGAAGAUGACGUGAGUAGAAGGGCAUUCACUGCUUCUACACAAAAUGUUAACGCAAUGCGUCACACUUUAACUGACGAAUUAGCGAAUAUAUUUUUCGUGGCAGACACUCCAUCAUUGAGUGACGAUACAUUUGAAGUUUCCCAAACGGUUUGUUCUUUGGUCCAUGACGGCAUUGCUGCUAUCAUCGGUCCACACGACAAGUCGGCGUCAGCUCAUGUUCAAAGUAUGUGUGAUACAAUGGACAUGCCGAACAUCAUUACUCGGUGGGAUUCCGAUUCACUGAGAAUGAAGGCAGUCAAUUUAUAUCCACACGCAACCACUCUCUCCCAGAUAUUUCCAGAUCUAGUCAUGGAAUUCAAGUGGAAAUCCUUCACUAUCAUUUACGACAACACAGAUGGCUUAAUCCGCAUGAAUAAACUAUUAGAGAGAUGGGAUCCAAAGGGAUAUCCCGUGACUCUGCGCCACUUGGGAAAGGGGCCUAAUUACAGAAGUAUUCUCAAGAAAGUCAAGAAUUCGGGGGAAAAGAAUAUCGUCAUCGAUUGUGCAUUCGAUAUUUUGGAACAAGUCCUCCUCCAGUCACAACAAGUUGGGUUAUUGUCAGAAAGGCACAAAAUAUUGGUCAGCUCAUUGGAUCUACAAGUUUUGGAUCUCGAGCCAUUCCAGUAUUCUGGCGCGAAUAUCACCGGCAUUCGCCUCGUAGAUCCACGCGAUGAUGAUUAUCAAAAUCGCUUCAGUGAAAUCCCAUAUAAAAUGGGUAUCGAGGAUCUCUCUAAAAUGCCACUGCACGCUGCUCUGGUGUACGAUGCAGUACAACUAUUCGCCAGAGCAUUCAAGCAGUUCGAGGAUGCCGCAGAGGGACACGUUAAAAGGUUGAAAUGCGAUGGAAUUGACAGCUGGGAGUAUGGUAGUACCUUGAGUAAUUUCAUGCGUUCUAUUGAAAUGAGGGGGCUGACAGGCCUUAUAAAAUUCCACACCAGCGGAUUUCGCAGUGAUUUCCGCAUUGAUAUCGUGAAAUUGAGCGAAAUAGGCUUGCACUCCAUUGGUACAUGGAAUAGUACAACUGGGAUUGAAUGGAAAAUGGAAUCUAAUGAUAGAGUUGUCGGGGCUGAGGAGGAUUUGGCAAAUAAAACUUUCACAAUUUUAAUUGCAUUGCUGGAUCCUUAUAACAUGCUGAAGGAGUCGGCAACAAUGAGAACAGGAAACGAUCGUUACGAGGGAUUCGCCAUUGACAUUAUUCAAGAAUUGAGUAAAAUGCUUCAUUUCAAUUACACACUCGUUGAACAAGUUGAUAAAGAAUAUGGAAGACCAGACGAUAAUGGAAGAUGGAGUGGAAUGCUUGGAAAAAUAAUGAGGGAGGAGGCUGACUUAGCAAUCACGGAUCUUACUAUUACAGCUGAGCGUGAAAAAGCUGUUGAUUUUACGAUGCCAUUCUUGAACCUUGGUAUCAGUAUCCUCUUUAGAAAACCAAGUAAAGCGCCACCCAGUUUAUUCUCAUUUCUGUCUCCAUUCGCAGCCGACGUAUGGUUGAAUCUGAUAGGGGCAUAUAUAUUCUCAUCCUUGCUACUUUUUCUGCUCGGAAGAAUGUGCCCUGCAGAAUGGAACAACCCCUAUCCAUGCAUUGAAGAGCCUACGGAACUGGAAAAUCAAUUUACCAUAAAAAAUUCUUUUUGGUUCACAAUCGGAAGUAUUAUGCAGCAAGGAUCUGAAAUCGCGCCAAUUGGUACUUCAACAAGAAUGCUCGCAAUUGCAUGGUGGUUUUUCUCUCUAAUUAUUGCCAACUCGUACACUGCCAACCUCGCGGCUUUUCUCGUGGUGGAGACCAACGUCAGGCCUAUAAAGUCUGCAGAGGACCUUGCAAAUCUUAAUGGCUACAUAAAAUAUGGAGCCAAGAUAAAUGGCGCUACGUAUAAUUUUUUCAAGGGCUCGAAUCAUUCAACUUAUGCAAAGAUGUACCAUUACAUGAGGGACAAUGAAAACGACGUUAUGAUGACUGAUAAUGACAAAGGCAGCGAACGUGUAGAGAAAGAAGAUGGUAAAUAUGCUUUCCUCAUGGAAUCUAGUUCGAUUGCAUACAUAUCCCAGAGACAGUGCAAUCUGACACAAAUUGGAGAUCCGUUGGAUAGCAAGGGAUAUGGCAUAGCAAUGCGGAAAGGUUUCAUUUAUCGGGAUAAAUUGAAUACAGCUGUACUGCAAAUGCAGGAAAGUGGGUUGUUAGCGCAAUUAAAGGAUAAGUGGUGGAAAGAAAAGAGGGGCGGAGGGAAAUGUACUGCGGAAUCCAGUUCCAGUGCGCCGGCGGAAUUGACAUUGGACAAUGUUGGUGGUGUGUUUUUGGUUUUGGUUGUCGGAAUUGCGGUAUCAUUCGUUCUUUCUGUAUUGGAGAUGUUAUAUGACGUAGUGUGCACAUCAUUACGCGAGAAAGUCCCAUUCAAACAGGAGUUCACAGAGGAACUGAAAUUCAUUAUGAAAUUCAAAGGAACUGUUAAGCCAGUCCGACGUAGAAAGUCGUCAUCUCACUCUACAAGAGAAACAAGUACGCGAGGAAGUACUCCUCCGUACAAUAUCAUGCCUUCGGUUAUCAUGACCACGCAUGGAGAAAAUGAUUCAUAAAUAUCUCAUUUAGAUCAUUAUUAGUCAUUCACCUGAAGCUUAUGUAAAAUUUGUGGACGAGAAAUAAAUUGAUGAGUAAAAAAUUACGGGUCGAACCAAUAGC